AAAAUGUAGUCUAUUUACUCAUAUAAAAAACCUCAUUUCUCUUCUCGUUAAACCUCCCUCCCUCUCUCUCUGGUUCCUCCGACUCCAACCUCUCCCUCAAGCUCAGUAACCCGACUCCGACCAUCUCCCUCAGCCCCCCGAUCCCUGUUAUCUCCGUCUCUCACGGCUGACGGCGCUGACGCUCACACCCGCACCCCGUCGACUACGAUCUCGACCCACCCUCUCUCAAACUCUCACAGCCUCUACGCGGUGAUUGAGACUAGAAUUCGAAGUAGGAGUUUUCCGAGAAGAGCACAAAGAUAUAAAGAGCCAAAGCAAAAACCCUCUGUCGGAGCUCGAAACCUCCCUCUCUCAAAAUGAGUACCAUGAAGUUUUGCCGUGAAUGUAACAACAUCCUAUACCCAAAGGAAGACAGAGAUAACAAGAUUCUCCUCUAUGCGUGCCGCAACUGUGAUCACCAGGAAAUUGCUGAUAACAACUGUGUCUAUAGAAACGAGAUUCAUCACUCUGUUGGAGAACGCACUCAGGUAUUGCAAGAUGUGGCUGCAGAUCCGACUCUCCCUCGGACUAAGGCUGUUCGUUGUGCUCAAUGCAACCACGGAGAAGCUGUCUUUUUCCAGGCUACUGCUAGAGGUGAGGAAGGAAUGACUUUGUUCUUUGUUUGCUGCAACCCCAACUGUGGCCAUAGAUGGAGGGAUUGAUUUUCAUUUGUAAAAUGGCAGAAUGGAUUUAUGUUGUAUUUGAUGUGGUGAAAAUAUGCUUCUUUCCUUCACCUAACAAAUUGAGGAUGUGACUGUGAAGGAGUUUGUAAGAGCCUUUGUCAAAGACUGAAUCCUUAACAUUCAACCGAUGAUUUCUAACUGAACAACUAUAAUUUUGACAUGAUAAUCGAACAAAUUUCAGGCCACAAACACAGAGCUGUACUGCUUAUUCCAUCAUCUUUUCUGUUCCAAAGUUUUCAUCUCUUAUCUAAUGAAUCCGUUGCUGGAAUUGAGAUCUCAUUUGAAGAUAAAGAUUUUAAAUAUCUGGAGUUUCUUUUUGUAUAUUAUGUUGAUGAUCUGAUUCGCAAGGACCAUCAUUGGGAAUUGUUUGAUCGUUCUUCUCUUAGCAGGUCUUCCUUUUUCUUGUGCUUUCUGUUUGCUUGCCUUAAGCAAGUAAUUCGGCUCUUGAAAAUUCUCCUCAUGUGUAAGGGGUCAGGUCAUGUCUUCCUUUGUGAGAUACCCACAAAUUACACCCCAUCCCCUAUGAAACUUUGUAUAGCAUUGACUUCUUCCAUUUAAUCUUUAGCUAUUUCAGACCAAUCUUUCUCUUC